CUUGUUGACCAGCCUUAUCGACACACCGUCGGUAUACCAAUCAUCCCAAUUUGUUCCUCCUCGUGUGUUUCCUUUCUUUGCUAUUGCUUUGUCCGCUAUGGCUACUAGUCCCCCAGAUCACAAUAAAUCUGUCUUGCCCAUGGUGCAAAGCCCUCCUUCAUACCAAGUUCAGCGCAAAGGAUCUCUACCCACUAAUCGAAAGACUCAGCGAUCUAAUAGUCGUACUAAUUCAGAUCAAGCUCAGACUCAACGAUCACCAUUCAUACCCUCUCGUAUAGCUUCCGUGCACUCCCAGCCUACCCAAAGGUCCUUGUCAACCGACGACGGCUAUGCAAACCAUACGUUGGUAGCUAAGCCAUUCACGGCUCAGCAUGAUCCAAAACGGCUGUUGAACGUCGUGACCAGCGUUGUCAAAACCAGGUCCGGGAGUGUACUAUCUAGAAAUACCAUAUUGAAAAUGGAUCAUUUCCCAAGUGGUGCUCAUUCUAAUCUUGAUUUCCAUCUGCAAGGAGCUCCCAACUUUCGUAUGGUGGAUUUGAAUGUCUACGGUGUUGCUCAACCAACGGUCAUUGGCUUGUCAACAAUCUUAGCCUUAUUAAACUGUCACCCAAAGAGUCAUGGCAAAGCGCAAUGUGCCUGGUUUUCUACCCGCGAAGAGCCACUAGUUUAUCUAAACGGAACCCCCUAUGUGCUCCGAGAGUAUACAAAGCCUCUACAGAACAUAAGGGCGUAUUAUGGCAUGAAUUCGCAACGCCUUGAAAAAAUGGAGGAGCGAUUGAAAGCGGAUGUAGUGAAAGAAACUGCUAAAUUUGGUGGCCUUGUCUUGGUUCAUCAAGAGCUUUUGGAUGGCACGGUGGUUCCUUGCUGGUUAUCUGCAGAUUCCAUUCAAACGCCGAAAGAAGUAUUUCAAAAGUUUCAGGAACAAAAUUACCGCCUCCAAUAUUUCCGCAUACCUAUAUGUCCUGAUCAGUCACCGGGCGAUAACUACCUUGAUGAAUAUGUCAGAAUCAUCAAAACCUUGGAACCCACCGAUCCCCUGAUCUUUAAUUGUGGCAUGGGCGUCGUUCGUACGACGGUUGGUAUGAUUGUGGCGCAAAUCAUUAGGAGAACUCAGUUAAUUGAACGUGGUAUGCCUGAUCCAUUCCCAAUCAUUGGCUGGCAAUACAGUCAUGCAGUUGAUGGCGAUGUCGAUGCCGCAGUGCCUAUGGCACCAGAGCUUGUAAAAGGAUUGGAGGAAGCUGCAGAAAAGAACAGUCAAACUAGAGCACUACUACGCCUUGUCUACGUACUUGAAAAAGGGUUGGAUUCGAAAAUGUCACCACACUCUGCCAUUGAAUGGGCACUUGCUCGUGGGCAGUCUAUUGAUGCCUUACGACAGGCCAUCAUGGGCAAUUAUACUAGCAUUGUUGCGCUGUCAUCCACGCUGGAGAGUGGAAGUUACAGUAAAAAAUUGCUAGAUGAGAUCAUUGACCGAUCCGAUGCUGUGGUCAACCUUCGAGAAGACAUUCUGAUGAACCGCAUCAGACAAACCACAGUAUCUUCCAACCAGCAAGAAUACGAUCCAAACAACAAUGAAUAUUUGGCGAAAGCUUUGGCUGGUCUGGAAAGAUAUUUCUUUUUGCUCAUUUUCACGUCUUAUAUCAACGAGUCUGAGGACACGGGAUUUGCAAUGCGAUUUUCAGAUUGGGUGAAGGGACGCUCUGAGAUAUGGAGCAUGAUGCAAAAGCUUCGUCGGAAAGGCCCUCAGCUGUAUCUGUUCCGACCAGUCGAAGACCUUAGUGCCCUCGGAAAUGGAAGAGAUAACCGAUCCAGAGCAAAUAAUUCAAGCUCCUUUGGCCAUAAUACUGGCAUGUUUGGGAUGACUGACCAAAACGAAAGCAGAGUUGCUGGAGAGGUUGAGGGAUAUGCCUUGAAGGCAAGAUCCGGUUCUGUCCUUACCUCGCAUACAAUUCUCAAAGUUGAUUUUUGGCAGAGCCAAUGGGUGCCACAAGAAGAACAACACCAAAGUGCGCUGUUUUCGCCUAUGGCAUCUCCAAAUGUACAGCUUGAUGGUUUUAUCGAAAGACACCAACUUGCUACCGGUUACGACGGCUUUAUGAUUGAAGGUGCUUCCAACUUCCGUCGCAUCCCGCAUACUGCAGUUCAUGCCGUUGCACAGCCCACCAUUGAAGGUUUAAAGGUUCUUCUUCGAAAAAUGAGAAGGGAUCGUGGACAGGGUGAAACUAUUUUAUGGAUUAAUCUUCGAGAAGAACCUAUCAUUUACAUCAAUGGAAUACCUUACGUCCUACGUGAUCGCUACUUCACACUUCGCAACAUUCGUGCCUAUUCUGGAAUUACUUCUAGCCGACUAGAGAUGCUUGAACAACGACUAAAAGAAGACGUUAUUACUGAAACUCUCAACUACGACGGUCGCAUUCUACUGCACGGUGAAGACUCAGACGGCAAUGUUCGCGCUGUUUGGGAAGAUGUGCAUGUCGACGAUAUAUUGACGGUCAAGGAUGUCAUGGAAUUAGUAGUAGAGGAUGUUUCAAAUGAUUCCGACAGCGACAGCGUUUCUAAAGGCGAUAUGGCUAUCAAGUUCAUGUACUAUCGAGUUCCAGUCACCGCUGAGAAACCACCGGAAUGGAAGGAUUUUGAUGACAUGCGCAACUUGAUCGCCAGCGCUGAGCAUCCUGACAACAGUAUUGUUCUGAACUGCCAAGUUGGACUUGGAAGAUCAACCACUGGAACGGUUAUAGCAACCUUGUUAACAUCUUGGAUCUACCCUGGAAUCUCAACCCAAAAAGCAGAAGAUGUCGACCAUGAGGUUUCACAACGACCUCGUCUUAACUAUCAGCUUAUUAAUAGCUUGCUGCGUGUGAUCAAGAACGGAUUAGAAGUCAAAUCAGUGGUGGACGAUGCUAUCGACCGAUGUGGCCGCUUCCUCAAUCUUCGCGAUGUGAUUGAGGACAUGCAUGUCCAAGCUGAGAACGAGACCGACGAAGCAUUGAAGAAACGCACCAUCAAGAAGGGCAUUACGGCGCUUGAACGCUACUUCUUGCUCAUUUGCUUCCAAUCUUAUCUCGACCAGACUUCUCCUGAAGCUGUAGGAGAUACUGAAACGUUUGAAACUUGGAUGAAGCGUCAUCCAGAGCUGAGCACCAUUUUACUUGAAACCCGCAAGGACGAUAUCGAACUCAUUGUACCAGUUGAAAGCUCCAUCGGUGACGGAUUGGCCUUGGAGAGCGAAGUGACUGGUGUAGUCAGCUCACGACACGGUCAAGUGUUGGCACAGCAGACUAUUUUGAAACAUGACGCAUUCCCCGGCUGCCAAAAGAUGAGCCUUCGUGAAAAAGUGGAUGGAGCACCUAAUUACCGACGAGUCGAAGCGAAGGGUAUUAAAGCUGCUGUUAAAUAUUCAAAUCUCAGAUCCAGUACCAGCGGUCUACAACAUGACAUGGAACUAGAUGACUUUUCAUCCCUUUCACCUCCAUAUAUCUGCGGUUGCGCCAUGCCCACCAAAGAUGCCAUCAAAAAAGUUCUCGCCAAGAUGGAUGCUGGCCCAGGUGGCAAGCGUAAAGUAUUGUGGACAUGUUUACGUGAAGAACCAGUCCUUUAUGUCAAUAAGCGACCCUAUGUACUGCGUCUCUCGCACGAUCCAUUGAAAAACCUGGAAACCACUGGCAUUGCCAAAGAGAGAGUUGAGGGAAUGGAAAACCGCAUGAAAUCGGAUGUUCUGGAGGAACUCAAAGUAUAUAAUGGGCGACUACUCCUGCACGACGAAGAAACCACUGAAAAGGGAGGAUUUAUCAUUUUGCCUCAAUGGGAAACGGUUCCCGUUGAAAUGGUGGAAACACCAGGUGAUGUUUUCAAGUCUAUUAUAGAGGAAGGAUACCAAGUUGAUUACCUCAGAAUCCCAAUAACGGACGAACAGGCACCUAUUCCGGAUGUGUUUGACCAAUUGAUCAGAAGAAUGCAAAAUGCUAACACAGGUGUCGACGUAUUGUUCAACUGCCAAAUGGGACGAGGACGAACGACCACUGGUAUGGUCACAGCAUGCCUUAUGACCAUGAUAUUGAAGAACGAUUUGGUGAUGGACAUGACUAGUUCUUAUGUGGUCGAAAGCUCAACAACUCCAUUGGCCUCAACUGCCGAUCUGGGCGAGUUGUCGCUAUAUAAUCUUGACGAAGAUGAGGCUCACCAAGCUGCUGAACGAUAUACAAAUGGCGAGUACAAGAUUAUUCUCCAACUUGUCAGUGCGCUCACCUAUGGCAAGCUGGCUAAGAGGCUUACCGAUCACGCCAUCAACGAGUGCGACCACAUGCAGAACUUGCGAAAGGCUAUUUAUGAUUACAAACUUCGCUUGGAUGCACUAGAGGUUGGCUCACAGAAGUACCAUGCUACACGAGAAGUCGGACUCAAUUACCUGGUGCGCUACUUCUACUUGAUUGUCUUUGCAAACUACUUACUAGAAGAAAUGGUCCAUCAGGAUGAUGGAUCCUCUGAUGAUGGCGAUCAUGACACUAAUGAAGAAACAAUUCUGGAUGACGAGGCUAAGAAAAUCAUUACAUUUUCUCAAUGGCUCAAGGGUCGCCGGGAAAUUACAAAUAUUAUCAAGCUCAAUUCUAUCGAUUUUGAGUAGUGGUUGUUGGUCAAUUGGUAAAAGUCAUCCUUUAUAUAUAAUUAGCAAUAUCUUAAAUUUGCAUGCAAGAUCUCUUUCUUUCGUUUAAAAUAUCAUUUUGCGCAGACAUUCACCCAUUGCAUUGUAAUGAAAAAUACAUAUGUUCACAACUUGAUUGUCC